AUGAAGCACACGCUCUCCAAAGAGCAGCUGGCGGAUUUUGCACAGCAGGCUGUCAUUAGUAUACGACGUUUUAUGUCCUCUAGUCAGGAGAUUAUGACGUUGACACAGCAGGAUCUUAUCUCCACCUCCAAAUCGAUAGAGGAGUCUUGGCGGAAGAGGCGAAUUGUCCCAGACAUAACGGUGGUGGAGCUGUGGGCGAUGAGCUUUCAGGAAGAGCUACUUUCCCAGUUGGAGGUGUACAGUAGUAAUAGGGACAGCAACAGCAACAGUCAGUUAACAGAGAAAGACGGUGCCCCAAAUGUCUCUUUAGCAGGCACUUCAUCAGGAACGAAGAGUGCAACACGGAAGUUUAUUGGCGAGUCAUCUUUGUUGGCGUGUACGGAGGUGCUGAAGAUCCUUCUUCGGACCAACGGUGAAAAGUCAGCUGAGGUUUUUACUCGCUUCCAUUUAGCAACUCAUGUAACAAAAUACCUAAUGCGGGCUCCUAUGAGUAAGAAGAUGCGAGACGCCUUUGCCUCAGUAUUGUUGGAGAUUGCGGGAUAUAACUCCCUGCUUCUUGAAGAAUUUCUUUCUGUGAGUCAUGAACUUUUAGUUUUUCCCGAGGGAUCCGGAAGCGGAAAUGUAGUGACCCCACAACAAGUGCAGCUGGCGUGGUUGCUCUCGUCCGUUUUUCGUCGAGUGGAUGUGAACAACGUCUCGGCCGAUAGUGCACGCAUUCAGUGUGGACGGGAUGGGUUUUUGUCCGGGAUUAUCCGCACUUGUUCUUUACUUUCUGGGGGCACGGCCGAGGGGGGAAACGAGGGGAUGCAGUUUACGGCCUUCCUUGUCUAUUUUGGGUUAGUAAAUUGCAUGGUGCGUGGGUGUGCUGCCAACAAGGCAUUGUGCAGGGGGGAACAUCGGGACGAGCUUGUAAGACUGUGGGUCAUUGCCGCCUCAAACGUGUCGAAGGUCGAAUUCUCGCUGCCUAUACCCACGAACGUGCCCGGAAAAGAUGCCAGCCUUGCCGUGGAGGGAACGCAGGCCUGGGCCUCGGAGCUCAUUGAAUUUUUGGUGGAGGUUGCGACGAGCGACAGCUUCUCCCUUAGGCGUCAGGCACUACACGAUGAUUCCAUGAACAAUGGUGGUGGUCGAAAUAUGUUAAAUAACACAGGUUUUCCACCGUUGUCGCCAUCGCCGUUGUCGUCACCAGGGAUCAGUCGUGCCUCUGGAGGUUAUGAGUUGCUACCCGCACACUGGGAUACCCUUCUGACAGGAGGGUCGGCCUACGCAUGGCACCUGGCACUCCUUUUGUUUAACUGCGUUUUGUCUAAGGAGGGAUGCGAUUUUAUUGCGGAGGCUCUUCUUCGCAUUGAUACUCUGAACGCCGUGUCAGAGUUUAUUUAUCGCGGUGUUAUUGCAACACUCAUGCUUCUCUGUGUGGCAACUCCAAGGAAUGCCGAACUGCUUGCCGAGAGCCCAAUCAUUGAGGCACUUAUUGCACUAAUCACAUGCUCUCAGGCCAGUGUCUUUGCCCAUGAGGUGAUAAUUCUUGAGAAACUUUGCACACCAUGCCGUGCGUUAAAUGCGUAUGCAAUU